AUGACAUCAUUAGCCAAGCAAAUCGAGCAGCUGCGUACAGCGGUGAGUGCACAACUAGGAGUAGAACGACCUCAUGUAUCGUUAUUGUUCGAUAAGAAAGCCGCCAGUUCAGUUUACGUGGAGAAUGCUUUCCAAAUUGGCUGUGCUGGGCUGGAGGAAUUACGAAAAAUCGAUCCAAAGAUUGCCAUCGAAGAGCAGGAUCUCUUUGACGAAGCGGCUGCUAAUGUGCAACGGAUUUUGUUGACCAAGAAAGAAAAUGUACUUCUUGAUCAAAAAAUUGAAAGAGUAAUUUAUCAACUUUCACCUUAUUUACAUCAUUUUGCAGCCAAGCAAGUUUUGGAGUGGUUGAUAUUUCGAUAUCAGGUUCAAAGUUUUAGUGCUGAGGUCUUGUUUAUUGCAUUCUUACCAUAUCAUACUACCAAUAUAUUUGGACGUCUGUUAUCAAUCCUAGAUUUAAAGCGAGCAGAAUAUCAGUGGACAAAAGAAUAUGCUGACAUGGAGUCACCUAUUCCGCUGAUGAAACUGGUUAACUUCUGCACAUCGAGAAAUCACUCAUUGUUAAGUCAGAUACACAACCAUAUUGAACGCAUUAGAGAAUUAUUUGAUAGUAAAUAUAUCGACUCAAAAUUACCUCACUUAUUUACUUUUUACACUUCAAUUAUUGUGCAUCUUGUGGCAGUGUGUACUGUAACCGAAGAUUUGCUAUCAAAAAUUUUGCCGUUCCUCGGCAAAGGCCUAGUAUCCGAUAUUGUGUCAUUGCGAUUAGUAUGUCUUGUUGUCAUUAGUCAGCUUUGCACUGCGGUGAAAUUAACAUCUGAGCGACUCUAUCCAGUGAUUAAGCUCAUUUUGCUGAAGAUGGAUAAUUUCACGGUUAAAGAAUCAAUUGAUACCCUGGUGGUCAUUUGUCAGCAUCAAGAUAUAAGCAAUUUCUCUUUGAACAGUCAAGUUCUUAUUCUUUCAUGUGUCAUUUGUUUCAGCUUCAAGACUGCGCUGAAAAUUGCUAAAAAAGAUGCAAAUUUGUCUGUAUCAACGUAUAUAAAGACUUUAUCGGUUCUUACAGACGUGCGGCCAUUUCUGAACACAUUUGCUCUUUCUUAUAUCCCCAUGCUAUUUGAAGAUGGUAUUCUUUCAACCAUUGAUUCGGACGUUGAAAAUUAUGAUAUUGUUGAAAGACAUGGAGGAUUUACUGAUAAUUUUACAGAUCAAGAAGAAAAAGUGUCAGAACUGUGUAGUUUUUGCAUCAGUUGUCUCGAUUUAUGUAUGCUGAAUGAUCACAUAUCCAAAGUUAUCUUCAAUUCUAUAUAUGAAUCAUUGUCUAAAAGGAAAGCUAUUGCAAAAAUCCCUAGCACGUUUUGGAAAUAUGUACGGACUUUGGCAUUUAGGUUUGCUUCCUUCAAUUUAUUCUUUUUCAAAUGGCACAUCUCUCUUGUUAAAAGCAUUAUUAAAUUAGAGGACAGUGUUUAUGAAUUGAUUGAUACAAUUAAAACUGGUGAUCGACCACUUUCAGAAGCUGGUCUUGAGAAAUUAAUGAGCUCAGCUUACUUAAAUACAUGUGAAGCUUCUGAUCUCGCUAGAUUUUGUGCAAAAGCAGUCGCGGUUGCAUUAACUGAAGGAGCUUAUCUUAAAACAGCAAUUAAAGAUUCUUUGUCACAGUUAUUAGUAGAUCCUGAUUUUGCAUCAUCUUUACUACUACGCUGUAGUGAAUUCAAAACGCUGGAACCAACAGAAAGUUCUAGCUUGGAUUGUUUUGAAACUGAAAAUGAGAAGGAAUUCGAGGCUAGACGUGCCUUUGUAUUGGAGAUAUUGAUAGCAAAUAGUAGCCUCAAGGCAUCAGCUAUGCUUCUUCAACAACUUCACAAAAUUUUGAAAGAGUCAGUUUUGCGUUUGAUUUCAAGCGUUGAGAGAACCGAUGAAAAUGGCAAGUUUCUGAAGCAACUUGUCAUUCGUGCAAUUGUGUGUCUGGUCAGGAAUCCUAAUGGAUAUAGUAUUUUGGCGGAAGAUUUGCAUCUAGAUACAUAUGUAGAUAUUAUUCGCCACACUCGAGACCAUAGUAUCCUUCGAGAUUGUUUGCAGCUACUCACGUGUGUCGUAUCUGUAUCGCCGAAAAAAGUAUUGGUUCAUCUCAUGUCAAUCUACACCUUUAUGGGUGAUGGAAUAUUGAAAAAGGAUAACGAUUUGACGCUGAGUGUAAUAGAGGAGACACUAAAUGUGUUAUUUUCAACUGUUAUGACUGAAAAGGAUUAUUCAUUUCACGAUAAUCUGGUCACAACAUGUCGACUGUUUGCGGCAUCAGUUAUUGACAUUCCUGCUCAUCGUCGUGACAAAAUUUUACGUGCAAUUGCUCGAUCUGUUGGUCCAUGCUAUCUUUGGGCAGUCAUUGCUGUAUUUUUUGAACACUACUGUAUAAGUUGGCCUAGAAAAUCAGGUUUAUUCAUUUCAAAAAUUUUAUCAUUCUUCAGUCGUACAUCAGCUGAGUUGUAUGAAGAGAUGUCAAACGUUUUGGUAUCAGAGUACGAUGCCAUCGUGCAGUUCUCAUGUGCAGCUGAUAUAAUUAAAUACGUCAUAAAAUUGGGAGGAGAUUUUAUGACAAGUGAGGAGCAAACAAGAAGUGUUGUUAGCGAAGAGGGGAAUCUGUUAAAAAUAUUUGAUCGAAGGAAACUUUCGAUCCAAAAGUUACGGCACUAUCGUUUUUCAGUUUUGGGCUGGAUAGUGAGGCUAUUGGAAAGUCAAGAAUUUGAAGCAAAAUUAAGUGCCGUAUCUGAUGAAUCGUAUGACAAGUUGGUUGAGAUUGCCAAACAUCUCUUGCUUUGUUCUGUUGAACUGGAUGAUUUUGUUAUUGUGCAAACAUUGGAUUCUGAAAAAAGCAAUGUACAGCAGAAAAAUUCUGAACAAUCGCAUCUGAACAAUUAUAAAUAUUGGAUUGUUGUCUCGUCACGUGCGGGCAUCAUCAUUGAAAAGUUUCAAAAUGUAUUACCAAGUAGGGUUUGUGGAAAUAUUGUAGUCGAUGUUUUGGAACAAACCACAGAAAGGCCGAAAUUGAGAGACUUAGCUCUAAAGUUUUUAAAUAACAAGCUGCUGCAAGAUGAUUCUAAUGCAUGCAUGAUGAAAGCAAACGAUCUAGAAAACUUGGUUAGGAAAUUCAAUUCUUGGCUACAACCGGUUGGAAACGAGAUAGAUGUUGAUUUAUGCCAGAAAUCUGCUUAUACUCUGAGAUUAAUAGCACGUAAUAUUUCAUCGUCGAUGAGUUUUGAGCGAUUCUGUGAAACAUUGAAGCUUACUGUCAAAUUGUUAUCAGAUCGAAGUAUAUAUGAUGAAGUGGCCACGGGUAGUUUGCUUCUUUUAGCGGGUGAGCUGAUGCGGUUUCAACGUGUGAAAAAUGCUGUUUUAUAUUCUAAUACUUUAACUACUGUUUGCACAGAAAUUCUUUUCGCAUUGCUUGAAAACCAUCCUACGGUCGAAAUUGUCUCCAAAGUCCGAAACAGUUUAUCAAAAGAUAGAAAUCUGGAAAAACGCAAAUCUCUUGCUUCGCAUGAUACAAAUGACAACUAUUUUGCAAGUGGAGACGCAUUACUAGUCUGCUCUCUGAUUUGUUUGCAGCGGAUUUUAGAGAAUUUUGCGGAAUUCGUAUAUAAACAUGUAUCUACAAUUCUGAUCGUUGUAUCGAGAUUAUGUCAAGCCUAUAAUUACUUACCCAUUAUGAUGGUUAAUUCCAGUCGGCAUGUUCCAACAAUAAGUACGUCUUCAGCUGCUCAGCAACGGAUUUUUCUUAUUGUCCGUGCAUUAUCGAAAAUAGAGCUGAGGCUUGUUUUGAGUCCUUUCGACGAAGCAUGCAAGACUUUGAUGGCAGAACCAGCUGCUGUGAGUAUACUUUUCAAGAUAUUUUCUUCAAUGAAUGAACUGAAAAGUAGAAAUGUGUUGCUGAAAUAUAUCGUUGAAGUUUGCAACGUAUUUUUGCGUGGUCUUGAUAUAAGAACAAUUAAUAUGGUAUUCGAGAAAAAGGAAAUGAUUGACAAUGCAGAAAUAUCCGUCAUUGACAGCUUCUUGGGAGUUGUCGAUAAUUUAACGGAACUUGAGUUUCGAAUGAUAUCUAAAUCUAUCGAUAUGCGUUUGCAAGAAUCUGUGUCACCUGAUGCUAAUUUUGAAAUUCGUUAUCGGUUGAUCACAAUAUUUAGAUUUUUAAAUCAAUUCUAUGAUUCGUACAAAAACUUGUCCUUACCACAUUUUGGUCGCUUUUUCAGCUACUUACCGAAUUUGUUUGCAAAAUGCAAUGCUCAUUUGACGGGUGAUUUAAUUGAAGAUACGAGGUCUUUGGUUAUACGCAACUGUGGCGAUUCAGUUAUUGCUGCUGUCUCAUUGAAUGAUUUGCUGAUUGCUCUAAUUGAUUUUGUAAAGAAUUGUGCUCGUCACCGGACAUUUUUCACUCUGCAAGUUCUCAGUUUAAGGCUUAGUUUCAUAAAAUUUUUCUUUUGCAGAGAAAGGGCAAAGUCUAUAUUAGAUCCUUUAAUAAAUGAGCUGGAAAAUACGAAAAUACCGAGUCAUGAGAUACGUUGUGUGCCACAUCUGGCAGAAUGUCUUUACAACGUCAUCGAUUGCCAAAACGAAAUGCUGAUGGAUGUGAUCAAUAAAAUCGUAUUGAAAACACGUAGUGAACGUUCGAAGGUACGUUACCGCACUUUAUUAAUCCUGGAAAGGUUGUUUGAACGAAUGGGUAAUGCAGUGGCGCCAGCAUUGCCAUCAGUGCUGCCGUUCUUAACUGAACUCCUUGAAGAUGAUAACAAAAAAGUUGAGAUGCAGUGUGACGCAGUAAUCAAUAUCUUGCGGAAAAACUUUGGGGAAGAAAUUGCUGAAGGAUAUGCGUAA